AUGGCCAUCACCGUCGGUAUUGCGGGGAUCACGGGCAAGUUUGCCCGCCUGGUCGUGAAUAACCUGUGCAGGUCUCCUGAUGUCAACAUUCGGGGCUUGUGCCGGAACGCGUCCAAGCUUCCUGAGAACUUCCGCGAAUCACGGCGCGUGACCAUCAUUCAAGGCGAUUCCGGUGACCUGGAGACUCUGAGGGCUUUCGUCCGUGGGUGCGAUGUCGUGGUCUGCUGCUACCUCGGAGACAAUACGUUCAUGACCGACGGUCAGAAGUUGUUGGUAGAUGCGUGUGAACUGGAGAAUGUCAGCCGUUAUGUUGCCAGUGACUACUGCCUUGACUUCACAAAGCUGGAACUGGGACAGCACCCUGCCAAGGAUCCAAUGAAGCAUGUCAAGGCAUACUUGGACAGAAAGAAGAACGUUCAGGGCGUUCACGUACUGAUCGGGGUAUUUAUGGAGACAUUCUGGAGUGGAUAUUUCGGUAUCUGGGACCCUGAGGAGUUCAAGCUCUCCUUCUACGGAGAAGGAGAUGAGGUCUGGGAGUCCACCACCUAUGAGACUGCGGCUGAGUACGUUGCUGCCGUUGCAUUGGACCAGAAUGCCGUGGGCAUGCAGCAUUACCUUGGUGACCGGCGAACUAUUCGAGAAAUUGCGGACGAUUUUGCCGACGUAUAUGGCAAGAAGCCCAAACUGGAGCGCCUGGGAUCUAAGCAGGAUCUCUACGACACCAUGCAGACAGUUUUCAACAAAGAUCCCUCUAACAUAUUUGCGUAUCUCGCCAUGUUCUACCAAUACUACUGUAUCAACGGCCAAACCUACUUGAAGAAGGAUCUAGACAACUCGAAAUAUCGACACGUUACACCAGUCACUUUCAAGAAAUUCCUCCAGUGUCAUAGGAUGGAGGACUUGACCGACUCUUACCAGAAUGUCGGAUCUAACGUGUAA